AGGUCAUAUUCAGUAAUCAGACGGUCUAUUUUGAUAAGAAUUUUAUUUUUCAUAUUAAACGUCAAGAAUUUAUGUUGAAUAUGGUGUAAAAAUUUUCAAGUAGUACAUUGAGUUAAUUUAAUUAUAACCAAUAAAAUGACUAUUUGGAGCUCAUUGAAGCUCGGAUCAACGAUCACCAAAUGUUUAAAUCAAAAGAAAAUUGAUGUGCUCAAAACAUCAGGUAAUUUGUGACCCUAGUUAUUUAGUCAUCUUUGAUUAUAAAAUCUCUUUUUUAUUGACUACUCGUUAAUUUUAUGCUGACAUAAAAUGUAAUGUUCAUCUACCAAUAUUAUUUGUUUAUAAAUCCAAUCAAUAUUAUUUUGUACAGUGGAUUCCGUUUAAUGUGGGUACGUUGGGACCAGUUACAUUUGCCCACAUUAAGCGAUUUCCCAUUUUAACCAAAAUAAGUAUCAUCAUACAUUAAAAUCAGGACUAGAUCAUUAUAUCGAUAUGAGGUGGUUGCUUACAUUGAACAAUAUUAAAUUGAAAUCCACCGUAUUAUGAUUGUUUUAAUAUAGCUGGGACUCAUACAGUUAAGUUUAUUAUUGACCAAAAUAAAGAUAAUUUUCAAUACAUAGUGUAAAAAUUGAUUUAUUUAGUUAAAAUGAUAUUUUUUCUAUGUUUAUUAUCAUCUACUUAACUUAUAUGAUAAUAAUUUUUAACAUUUUUUUUUUUUUUUAAGGCCUUUGAGACCAUCUUGCCAUAGAACAAAUCCUUCCCCAUUCUUCUCUAUUCUCUGCUACCUCCUUCCAAUCCAUGUGAUUAUAUUCCACUCCACCAGCACUUAGGAAAUCUUUUUUAAUUCCAUCUUCCCAGCGUAGCCUUGGUCUACCCAGUGGUCUUUUUUUCCUUGGGUUUUCUUGGAGUACCCUUUGAACCAUUGAAUCUUGCUUCCUAACUGCGUGGCCUGCCCAUUCCAGCUUACUCCGCUUGAUCUCGUUUAUAAUAUUUGGUCUAUUGAAAAGCUUCGUCAGUUCUUGAUUAUGCCUUUUUUUCCAUCCUUGAAAAUCUUGGUCAUAUAUAGGUCCAUAUAUUUUACGAAGUACCUUCCUCUCAAAAACCGCUAAUUUAUCCUCCUCAGUCUUUCGUAACGUCCAGCAUUGUGAACCAUACAUGACUAUUGGUCAUAUGAUUGUCAAGUACAGCUGAGUCUUAACCUCUUUUGACAGGACUUUCGAGCUUAGUAGUUUACCAACUGCAUAGAAGCAUUUAUUUCCCAUUUUUAUUCUUUGUUGAAUUUCGAUUUGACAUUCAUUUUUCUGUGUUAGAAUCCUGCCCAGGUAUUUGAACUCUUCCACUUUUUUGAACUUGUACUGACCAACUGUUAUGGUUUCGAUUACCUGAAGGUUAUCUAGUUCCUUACUAACUUUCAUGUACUGUGUUUUAUCUAUGUUGAGAUGUAGCCCUACCUUCUUUGCCGAUUCUAUUAACCUAUUUUUAACAUUAGAACAAUAUUUAAUUUAAUCACUUUAAUAUAUUUUUUUAGCUCUUGUUCCGGCUCGUAACAUGGGUGGCCAUCAUUUAAUGCCCAUUAAAGAAACUCGCUGGCAAUGGACAAAGUUCAAGGAUUUAAUUCAUUUUUACGUCUUAGUUGGUGUUAUUCCAUUAACAUUGCUCAUUACUUAUGUUAAUGUUUUCAUUGGUCCAGCAAAAUUAGCUCCAAUUCCUGAAGGCUACAGACCAAAGCACUGGGAGUAUUAUCGGGUGAAUUUAUUAAUAAUAAUUAAAUAAUUAUCUUGAUCAUUAAAUAUUAAUAUUGUAUUUAUUAUAUAUAAAUUUAUAUACUGUUGUAUUAGCAUCCUAUUACCCGAUGGAUGGCUCGUUAUAUUUAUCCCAGCCCACAACAGCAGUAUGAAAAAUAUUUACAUGCAUUAUUUGAAGAAGAUGAAAAAUUCAAAAUUAGGUAAAAUAAAUAAUUAAUUUGUAUGUAAAUUAUUAACAAAGCACCAGAAUACAUAAAAUAAAAAGGUUUAAAUAAUUAACAUAUCACUCAAUUACUAAUUAAUAGUAAAUACUAACCUAAUCUGAGUAGGUAUAAUUUAAUUAUUUUAUUCUGCCACUAAACAAUUAUGUGUGAUUUUUUAUCUAUAAUUGUAUUGUAAUCUAUCUUUCCAUUUUUCAGGAUGGUAGCUAGAAAAGUUGAAGAUAUGAUGAAAGAAAACUCAGACUACAAAUCAUUUUAUUAUAGACCUAUUUCUGCUAACAUUUACAAAGUUAGUAAAGAAAAAAUAGAAAAUACAGAAACGGACGGUUUCAACUAAUUACAUACAUUUGAAUGAUUUUUAUUUAGAAAUUGUUAAUUUUGAUAGUAUAAGUAUUAUAACAAAAAUUUAAAAAAUACUAAUAUAAAUAGUUUUAAAAAAAAAAACAGAUCAUUUUUGUACUUUACAUUGUUAAUCUAGAAAGCAAUAAAUUAACUGUCUAGCCAGUUUAGGCCCAACCAACUUUGCAUAUUCUGUAAUCAGUUCAUCUUGGUUUUUCUUAUUCAACCUUUUAUAUAUUGUAUAACUCAUUAAUGUACCAGAAUACAAUACUGGAAUCUAAAAUCAAAAAAAUUAUAUAAAAAUAACUUAAUAUAAAGUUCAUGUACCAUUGGUGUAAAUAUGAGAGUAGUUAUGUUCAUUGGAUUAUCUCUUUUAAAAUUAAUUUAAUUUGUACAUGAAUUUCUCAUUUUGGCUAUUUUAUUUUUACAUAACCAAUAGUUAAUGGUAUAAUUGUGUUAAUAGUGUAUUUAAGUUUUAUAAUUAUAAAUUAUUUACAUUCUCUAUGAUACUCUGAGUAUUAUUGUCAUCACAGAUAUUUUCUGAUUCAUUAAAUAUUGAAUACUUUUCGUUAUCAAGUUUUUGGAUGCAUUUAUCAAUUGCAUGCCAUGUGUAUCGAAGUGGGCACAAUAGAUAUGAUGGUUCAAAUUUUGCCUUGUAACGCAUUUUUGGACAUGUAUGUAUAUAAAAGCCCAUAUAGUAGUAUUUUAAUUCAGGUGACAUCUUAUACAAUUGUCUAACCAAACAUAUUUCCCUGCAGUAUAAUCAAUGUUAAAUAAUUUAGUUGUUGAAAUAUGUGAUAACAUAUAAGACAAGUGUAUACUCUACCUUAAAGUGCUGUAAGUUCCCAACACUAAAUUAUGAUAAUCAGGGUCAUAAAAUAAAUAAACAGAUGAUAUACAUUUAGGUAAAAUAUCUAUGACACCAACUGCUACUAACUUAUCACCAAGCCAGUAUUGUUGAUGGAAUGAACCAUACCCCGGAUGAUCAGGAUGAUCUGCUUCUUCAAACUGGAAAAAAUAAUUUUAAACAUUUGUUUGCAAUAAUAUAAGAUUUUAAAUUGGAACUAGAAACAUUCAUAAACUUGGUGGAUCGAUCAGACCGACAAAAUU